UUCACUGAGCUCUUUCUCGCUCUCUCUCCAAAUUUCUUCUAUCUCUCACUACUCUCUCGCACUCAAGCGUCUCUAUCUGCUGCGUCCAACCAUCUCAAUAUGUUUUGAAUCGUAAUCAAAGAUCCGAAUCCGAGAAUUUUCGCAUUGAUAUGUUUUGAAUCAUAAUCAAAGAUCCGAAUCCUAGAAUCAUCGCAUUCACAGAACGAAUUAGAGGAAUAUUCAUUUGUUUGUUGAUGCUCAUCUGAAUCCGACUGCCGACGAAUUUCUGUUCAUUGCGAAAAAGGUUCUGUUUUAUCUGCAUAGACAGAGAUGGUUGCAUUCGGGAAGAAAUUAAAGGAGAGACAACUUCAAGAAUGGGAAGGGUAUUACAUCAAUUACAAAUUAAUGAAGAAAAAGGUAAAGAAUUACAAAAAUCAAAUUGAAGCUGGAUCAGAACGACGUCAUGUUCUCAAGGAUUUCUCGAGAAUGUUGGAUAAUCAGAUAGAAAAAAUUGUUCUCUUUAUGCUGGAACAACAAGGCCUACUCGCAAGCAGGAUUGCCCAACUGAAUGAACAACAAGAGGCUCUUCAAGAACGACCUGACAUAUCAAAAAUAUCCGAUCUACGGGAAGCUUAUAGAGCAGUUGGGCAGGAUCUCCUCAAGCUUCUCUUUUUUGUUGAAAUGAAUGCAAUUGGUUUGAGGAAGAUCCUUAAGAAGUUUGAUAAGCGAUUUGGGUAUAAAUUCACAGAUUACUAUGUCAAAACUCGUGCUAAUCAUCCUUAUUCCCAGCUUCAGCAAGUAUUCAAGCACGUGGGUUUGGGUGCUGUGGUUGGAGCUAUAUCUCGCAAUCUGGCUGAUCUUCAGGACCGCCAGGGAAGCUACUUAUCAAUUUAUGAUCAGCCUACACUCCCCCUCCAGGAGCCUGUUGUUGACUCACUAAAAUCAGCUGUUGAUAGAUUAACCCAUUCAACAAAUUUCCUUGAGUUUUUGGGCCAACACGCACUUAUCAUGCAUGAUGAGUUGCCUUCUACUAUAGAUGAACAUAUUGAUGAUCAGAGAUACCAUUUCAUGUCACUUAUUCUGAACCUGGCAAACACCUUUCUUUAUAUGGUCAACACAUAUAUUAUUGUUCCCACAGCAGAUGACUAUGCUACUAGCCUUAAGGCAGCUCCAACUGUCUGUGGUGUCGUAAUUGGGUCAAUGGCAGUUGCACAGAUAUUUUCUUCUGUGUAUUUCAGUGCUUGGUCUAACAAGUCAUACUUCAGACCUUUGAUUUUCAGCAGCAUCGUUCUCAUUAUUGGAAAUGCUAUGUAUGCAUUGGCUUAUGACGCCGGAUCAUUAACGGUACUUUUACUUGGUCGUGUAUUUUGCGGUUUGGGUUCCGCAAGAGCAGUUAAUCGGCGUUACAUUAGUGACUGCGUGCCACUUAAAAUCCGGAUGCAGGCUUCUGCAGCUUUUGUUAGUGCCAGUGCUUUGGGAAUGGCAUGUGGCCCUGCAUUAGCAGGGCUACUUCAGAUGAAUUGCAAGUACUUCCAUAUCACAUUUAAUCAAGUCACUAUGCCUGGUUGGGUUAUGACUAUUGCAUGGACGUGCUAUUUAGUAUGGUUGUCGAUCUCCUUCAGGGAACCUGUUCGUGAGACUGAUAUCGAUGAGGCCCCUGAGCAAUGUAGUGCUGUACACAAUGAUAAGCUAGAGAAGGGACUAGCACAACCAUUGCUUACGUCAACAGAACAUGAACAAGAUGAUGAUGGGGAUCAAGAGUGUGAUGCUAGUGAAGAGGCUCCAGAGGAAUCUCGUAAACCAGCCAACUCGCUAGGAGCAGCAUAUAGGUUACUCACACCAUCUGUAAAGGUUCAGUUGUUGAUAUACUUCAUGCUUAAAUAUGCAAUGGAAAUCCUACUUUCAGAAUCAAGUGUAAUCUCGUCAUACUAUUUUAAUUGGACUACUGGCAAAGUGUCUAUCUUUCUUGCCAGCCUUGGUCUCACGGUUCUUCCUAUAAACAUCAUUGUUGGUAAUUACAUAAGCAAUAUGUACGAGGACAGGCAAAUAUUACUGGCAUCUGAAGUUGUGGUCCUCCUGGGCAUACUUUUUAGUUUCGAGUCUAUCGUCAAAUAUACCGUGCAACAAUAUGUCUGUUCAGGGCUCAUCAUGUUUGUAGCUGCUGAAGUAUUGGAAGGCGUCAAUCUGUCACUACUCUCCAGAGUAAUGUCGUCCAGGCUCUCUCGUGGGACGUACAAUGGCGGCCUUCUGUCUACAGAAGCUGGGACGUUUGCUCGAGUGGUUGCAGAUGCAACGAUCACUUUAGGUGGUUAUGCCGAGCGGAAAAACCUCUUGAAUCUCACCCUCCUUCCAUCUCUGGUGAUUUGCAUAUGUUCGAUUGUAGCUACAUGCUGUACCUACAAUUCUCUUUACUAGACUUUUGUGUAUCGUGACCAUGCCUUCGCCUUGGACUUGAGUAAUAGUUCAUUCAUUCUUUAUUGGUUAUGGUGUAAAUCAAAAAAAUUGGAUCAUUGGUUGCUCGACUAAAUGCUAUAUAUCGUGUUCAUUUUCCUCUGCA